UCAGCUGAGGAGUAAGGAUUUGGGGGUGUUCCGGAAGGCCCCUUAGAACUCUGGAACUCCUAGAUUCUGCCUUCUGGCUCAGGCUUACAAGAGUGGGGCCUGGGGUCUGGGGUUGCCCUGUGUGAUGUCACUGGGCUCUGUGAGGCACCUGUGGGGAGAGUGACCUGGCCCAGUCCAGCACCAUAAAAUCUGCCAUCCUGAUAAAUACUGCAUCUUCAGUUCAUCCACACAGGCCCCCCACCUAACUCUGUCGAUGACUCUGCCUGGUAGUCAUAGGACACAGCAACCUCAGUGGAUAUUGAAAAACGGACCUUUGAAAACUUAGGUUUACCAUGAGAAAUAACAUAAUUCCAUAUUUAUUCUGUGGGUCUUUGAUAUUUGGCAUCUGGACAGCUCUGUAUUUUGUGUAUUUUCACCAUGAUAAUAUGAGCAAACUGCACAGGACAGUCCAGGAGCAUGCACCAGCUUGGGCCCAUGUGCAUGAGCAAGAGAUCUACAACCCAGAGGAAAUCCGAAAGCAACACAUAAUAGUGGACAUGGCUGUGGAAGAUGCACCUGUUGAACAAAAACCAUUUUCUCCCUUAUACAACUUUUCAGACCCAGAGCUUUUAGAUGGAUUUUUAAAAUAUGGAUUUAAUGCCAUUGUCAGUAGAAGUUUGGGCCACGAGAGAGAGGUGCCAGACACCAGGCAUAAAAGCAGAUGUCUUCACAACUAUUACUCGGCCUACCUACCGACCGCCAGUAUUAUCAUUUGCUUCUAUAAUGAGGAAUUUAAUGCCUUGUUUCGGACAGUGUCCAGCGUUGUGACUCUCACGCCAUUCCAUCUCCUUGAAGAAAUCAUUUUGGUGGAUGAUGGAAGCGAAUUUGGUGAUUUGAAAGAAAAGCUCGAUUAUUACCUGGAAAGUUUGAGGGGAAAGGUUAAAUUGGUAAGAAACAGAAAGAGAGAGGGGCUGAUUCGAGCAAAGAUGAUCGGAGCAUCACACGCUUCAGGCGAGGUGCUGGUGUUCCUCGACAGCCACUCCGAGGUCAACAGGGUCUGGCUGGAGCCCCUGCUAUCUGCCAUCACCAGGGACUCCAAGACGGUCGUGUGCCCUGUCAUUGACGUCAUUGACAGUAUGAGCCUGCAGUACACACCCUCUCCUCUUGCGAGAGGAGCCUUUGACUGGAAUCUCCAUUUUAAAUGGGAUAACGUUUUCUCUUAUGAGAUGGACUCCCCGGAAGGUCCGACUAUGCCAAUCCGGUCACCUGCAAUGGCUGGUGGAAUUUUUGCUAUAUAUCGGCCCUAUUUUUAUGAACUUGGACAGUACGACAAGGACAUGGAUCUUUGGGGAGGAGAGAAUUUGGAACUUUCACUGAGGAUCUGGAUGUGUGGAGGCCAACUUUUUAUAAUCCCCUGCUCCCGAGUGGGACAUAUCUCAAAGAAGCAUACACGUGACAGCACCUUCAGGAAAGCCAUGGCCCGGAACUAUCUGAGACUGGUGCACGUUUGGCUGGAUGAAUACAAGGAGCAGUUCUUUCUUCGAAGCCCUGGUUUGAAAUCCAUGACUUAUGGAAACAUUAGUGAACGUGUUCAGUUAAGGAAACAAUUGGGCUGCAAGUCAUUUCAGUGGUAUUUGGAUACUGUCUUCCCAGAGUUGGAGGCAUCUAUGAACAGCUGAUGAAAGGAAAACAAGUCAUUCUCAUUAAUAAUUAAAAAGUUCCCUAGUCCUUCAAGAUGGUGGCACCAGAGAACAAUUUUGGAACAUCAUGGAAUUAUGGGAAAUGCAAUAAGAAAUACAAUCAGAAUGGCCUACAUUGGGAGUAUUGGUUUUCCCCCUUCACUGACAAUUCCUGAUCUUUUGUUGCUCAUUGUCACUGAAUUCCUGGGGUGGCAGGACCUUGAGCACUACAAAUGUAAACUGUCUCACAGUUCAGAGUCAAGCAUAUAAUCAACUGGGGGAAAGCAUGUCAUUUUCAAUUAUUUACCAAACUCACUUGGUCCUACUGGCCUUAUAGGAACCCAUUCUGCUUUAGAGCUUUUGCCGACUUGAUUUCUGCUCCAAGCAGACCUGCUGAAGACAAUUGCAGAGAGCUAUCUUGGCACAUUCUGACAUUGGCUGAGCCAGACCAAGCUAUUUUCUUGCUGCCAGCAUAGAAGCUGGGGCUGACACCUUACUUGGUUGGGUUCCUGAGUCUCUGAUGUACCAUCCACUUGGUGUACAUCUUGGUUCUGUCCUCAAAACUGCUCCCUCAUUUGUCCUUCUGUCUGUCUGAGUCACUACCUCCUCUCUGCUUCUGAUUUUGCUGUUUCAUGUCUGAGCCCUCCCACGUCUGGCUGGUGUCGCAUCUGUGAGAACACACUCCUAGAUGGUGAAGGUGGUACUUUGGGGCUGGAGGGAUCUGUGGGCUUCACCCUGGUGAGGGUGGUUAGGAAGGUGAAAGACAAUAAAGAGAUAUAAUGAGGGGAGGAAUCUAAUGAAAGGGCAGUGAAAGAA